CCGUUGCUAUGGAGAUAGGUAAACACUCUGCUGUGUGGCGAAGUGGAUCGGAAAGUGGCAGAGUAAAAAGGCAACGUUAGGGGAAAACUCGCCCCCUAUAAUCACGAUUUCUGCUAAAUACUGCUGUUUUGGGACACUGCAGAUUAGUGAAUUCUGCCACCAUGAGUGCCACCAGAGGUAAGAGGGUUCGCUGUUUCGUCCGCACACGCCCGACGCCGUACUUCGCCAAAGAGCUGAUCAAAUUCCAUGACGACAAGAAGACGGUCACCGCCCGGAUACCGAAGGAUGACCGGCGAGGCGUGGUUAACAAUCAGCAGCUGGAAUGGCAGUUUAAGAUGGAUGGAAUCCUGCACAACUCCAGCCAGGACCAGGUGUUUGACGAGGUUGCGAGCGACAUGGUGACGUCUACCCUGGACGGUUACAACGGCACGCUGAUGUGCUACGGACAGACGGGCGCGGGAAAAACCUUCAGCAUCACCGGGGCAACGGAAGGGUUCUACCAGAGAGGCAUCAUCCCACGAGCCAUCGCGCAGACCUUCCGAGAAGUCGACGAGAGGGUAGAGCAAGCCAUCACCGUACGGAUCUCCUACCUGGAGAUCUACAACGAAGGCAUGUUCGACCUCUUGUCCACCCUUCCUGAAACCGCCGCGGAUUCCAGCCCCAUGGCUAUAGUGGAGGAUGAGAAUGGAGUCAGCGUUAAGGGGCUGUCGCUUCAUGUAGCACACAACGAAGAGGAGGCACUCAAUCUUUUGUUCGAAGGUGAAACCAACCGAGCGAUCGCGAUGCACUCCCUCAACAAGAACUCCUCCCGUUCUCACUGCAUUUUCACCAUCCAUGUCGAGUCCAGGUCGCGUACUCAGUCCAAGGCUGCCUACACCGUAUCCAAGCUAAACUUCGUUGACCUGGCGGGUUCCGAGCGGCUCAAGAAGACGGGAUCGUCUGGAAACGUGCAGCGGGAGGCGAUGUACAUCAACAAGUCGCUCACCUUCCUGGAGCAGGCCAUAAUCGCCCUGGCGGACAAGAACCGCGAGCACGUGCCCUACCGCCAGUCCAAGCUCACGCACGCCCUGAAAGACUCAAUCGGCGGGAACUGUAACACGAUCCUCAUAGCGAACAUCUGGGGCGAGGCGUCACAGAUCGAGGAAACGAUCUCAACCCUACGGUUCGCCUCGCGGAUGAUGUGCAUCUCCAACGAACCCAGCAUCAACACCCGCUACGAUCCAGUCCUGAUGGUGAAACAACUGGAGCACGAGAUUCGUCACCUGAAACAAGAGCUCGCCAUGCACGAUACGCUGUCCAACAGGGCCAAAGUGUCCUACGACCCUCUCUCCGAAUCCCAGCUUGUCGAGUUGCAGAGACAAGUGCAUCUCUAUCUGAAGGAUGAUCUUGAUGAAAUCGAAAUUGUGAACAUCAGACAGGUUAAGGAGGUCUUCGCCAUGUUUAAGGGUGCAGUGAAGAACAUGGAAGGUGCCAUGGAGGCCAAGCUAAGGGAGAAGUACACCUUACUGGAAAAGGGUGAGGGAGUCGGCGUGGGGUUACAGGAAGGGGUUGGAGUCGACGGAAAAGGGGGACAAGUUGGGGAGUUGGAUGGCCAAGGGUUUGGUGUUGGCGUCGCACCCCCCUCAUCGAAAAUGGCUAACGCACCCAUCAUUGCAGCAAAGAAGCAGAAAGCGAAGAAAAGCAAGGAUCGAGCCAGUCCAACACAGCCCAAGGGUGUGGCGAGCCCAACUCCGAGCACCAGGGAGACACCGCAGGAGGAGUUAACUCCAGGGAAGCUGACUACAGGGGAGACCCUGUCUGCUAACGUCACCCCUGCCACGCCCCAUGCCCCGGCGCCGCGCCCCACCACGCCCCCUCCUCGCACCGAGGCCUUCGAGGAGUUCAAGAAAGAAAAGGGGAGCGAGAUCUACCGCAUCCUCUCCGAGAACAAGGAGAUCUUGGUCAACAAGAAGACGCUGUGCAAGAAGCUGGCGCAGUCGGUCAACGACACCAAGCAAGAGAUCGACAAAACGCGGCUGAUCAUCGAGCGGAAGCGAAACGAGCGCCUCGAGCAGGGCGAGUUCGUGGACGAGGAGGGAGAGACGAUCAUCGAUGAAGAUGAGUAUGAGCUGCUGAUGAAGCUGAAGGAUCUAAAGGCGGGGUAUCGCCGUGACUACGACGAGCUGCGAGCCGUCAAACAGGAGGUGCAGUACUGCCAGCGGCUGGUAGAGCAGUGCCGGCAGAGGCUCAUUCAGGAGUUCGACGCCUGGUACUCCGAGAGCUUCCUCGCCACAGACGACCCGAUCGCCAGCACGAUGGAGGGGAUCGGGAUACGCGCUGGAACGGUCAUCCGGAGUCGGGCGCCCUUGGAAGAUGAGCAAGAAAAAUUCGAGAGGCUCCAACAAGACUUGCUGGACCCUGAUGCAGCACCCUUCUACAAUGCCAAAGUCCGAACGGAAUGGAGGCAGACAACAAAUGCAGCGCAACGGCAGCCUGCGUCUUUCCGCAAACCGUGAAACAACAAAUUACUUAAAUAUAGACUUUUCAUACAAAAACUAGAAUUCUACACUGUCUGCUGCAUGCUCUGAUGUAAAAAUCUAUACCACAGGACUUAUUAUAAGCAGCAUAGCGAAAUACAAGAAUUUAGCUUGCUGGUAGUUUUCGUGUUUGGACAUCAGAUUUUAGAAGUCAAAUUUUAUCAAAGCCACAUGAUCUUAUUUACCUGAUUGUACAUAUGUGUAAAGUGACGUUUGUUGUCAUCCUGUUUACUUCAGUGUAAUUUUAUGUUACUAUUUUAGUCAAAGUAUUUCGUUCACAUCUAUGAAUAAGCAUAGAAAUCUGUUGCCUUGCAAGGCCCAUUUACAUUCAUACACAUAGCCUUCAUUGGCCUAUAUGAAGUCUGUAAUAUGUUUGCUAUCAACUAUGUGAAAUGAUAUCUUUGAGCAACUUUUCCUCCAUGAUAUAGCCACACCCAAUACUAUGUAUUUUGUCAUGAGUAUAUAAAAUAUGUUUAUGUUGUAUCUUUUAACAAAUAAUAUCUAGUGUUGAGAGACAAAAGAAAUAAAUUCUAUAUGCAAUA